GCCAUCCCAAUAUUGUUCGACUCAUGGCUGCAGCCCGUACGGACAAUGCCUUCCUGCUGGCCAAUGAGUAUAUACAUGGUACAACCCUGGCUGAUGCACUACACAAUGACAAUUCUUGUGUUAAGCUUGAAGGAGAUGACAAUUAUUUUGUUGCCCUGGACAUCUCAAUGGCCAUUGAGUACAUCCAUUCCAAAAAUGUCAUCCAUCAAGACAUAAAGCCAGACAAUGUUUUGAUCGACCAGUUCUCAAAAAAGGCUGUACUGACAGAUUGGGGCCUUGCCAACAUCAGAGACACUGUUGUUCUGCGACAAGGAAGCAGACUUACUGGAGGAAGAAUAGGUCCAAUGGGUGGAACCUUUCUUUAUAUGGCCCCAGAAUGUCUGGUCGAAUUCGAACAGGCUUCCAGAGGUUCAGACAUCUGGUCUCUUGGAGCAACUUACCUGGAGGUUUUCACAAAAUCAGUGCCAUGGACAGUAAAAAACCAAAGACAGUUGUGCAGUCUAAUGGCAACAAAGGUGCCGCCACAUGCUUUGCAACAUUUACACGAAAAGUACAAGUUUAUUGAUACAAUGUUGCACUAUGAAGUAGCAUCAAGACCUGAAGCUUCUGCUGUGGUGCUUUCCAUAAAAACAGUGGAGGGGCCAGAUUUAAAGAGCCGUUAUGGUUACGAAUGGUAA